AUGUCUUUCCCAUCCAUCGCCGCUGCUAUCAUUGCAGCUAUGAGCCUCGUCUUUCCCGUUCUUUCAACCCAGACCUUUGUCAACACUGGAACUCUCAGUGGCUGGUCCAGUCAAAAUAUUGAACACAAGGGUAGCAUUAAUCAAGUGACCGACGUAGUUUAUAAUGGUACAACUGCUCUCAAAUUCACUCAGGUCUACGACUCCUCCUAUACUGGCCGCUAUCACUCCGAGAAAGCUAAGACGCAGGUAUAUAAACUCGGCGACCAGGGGUUUUACGGCUUCGCAUUCAGACUACAAGAAGACUGGCAGGCUUCUCCAGCUCAGUCUUACAAUAUUGCCCAGUUCAUUGCCGAUUUUACAGACACCGGCUGUGACAACUGGAUGCCAUCAAGUAUGGUCUGGGUUAUUGGGGACCAGCUUGCAACGAGGGUCAAAUUUGGCAGUAUCUGUGCCCAGCAGAUUCAGGAAUGGAAAGGACUGGUAACAGUGACUCCUGGAGAAUGGCACAAAAUCGUGAUCCAGGCAAACUGGCAAAGCGAUAAUGCCGGCUAUUAUAAGAUGUGGUAUGAUGGCGCGAAAGUGGUCGAGGAAUACAACCUACCCACCAUGAUAGAUGACGCUCGUCCCUUUGAUUUCCACGUCGGCAUCUAUGCGAACGGGUGGCAUGAUCAGGGUGAGAAUUUAGGAACCCAGAACACGCGGGAAAUCUGGAUUGACAGUGUUGGCAUGGGCACUACAUUUUCCGACGCCAAUCCAGCAUUGAUUGAGGGUUGA